AUGGCAGAUGCACCCCCUGGAACCGACUUAUUGGCGUUCACAGGGUGCUCGUUGCGGCCCACUGGGCUAAACAUGGUUUCUGGUUCACGAUUGUGUUUACAAGUCCAAGCCGUAGGACAGCUGAUAUUCACAUCGUUGGCAAUUUCGCAAUACUUCUGCCUUAUUGAUUUCCUCAGAGAAAUACCCAUUCUACUUUACAUAAAAAUAUUGUACUUUUAUAAUCCUGAUGUGUGUGGUAACAGAAUCAACAUAGGAUAUACUAUCGAAGGUAUCCCAAAUCAGGCCUUUGUCUUACUCACUCAAGAACCUUUCACCGCUUUCAGAACAUUUGUCAUUAACAGCACUAGUCUUGGUCUGAGUAUUCUAUGGAUUAUAACCAGUGUUUUUUUCAUGAUGGGUGGAGCGAAAAACACAAAAUCCAGGCACAUACGUUGGCCGUGGACGUUCGUUACUGUAUCGGUGUGCUUACUUGAUCUGGUAGCUACAGUUACUUAUUGCAACGACACUUUUCAUACACGGACACUAUCCGAUAUGAUGAACUUCAUAGGCGGUAUGGUCAGUGGUGCCGGAGGAGUCAAUAUAAGCACAGCUUGGGCGUCCUGGCUAAUGGUUAUCAUUUACUCUAGACUGGUCGUACUGUUUAUCCUGAAUAUGUUUAUGAUCAUACUAGUAGUAGUCGACUGCAACGCGGAGCGAACAAAAUAUUUGUCUUCUACUUCUGUUCAAGUGGAAGCUCCUCCAGAGACGGAAGCGGAUGUUUCAGUGGUUUCAUCACCCCCUCCCCCACCUCCUCCUCCACCUCCUCUACCUAUUCUGCAAGCCGCCACUGCAACGCAAGCGGAGACUCAAACGAGCAUUGCAUCAACCAGCGGCAGAGACGUUGAAGAAGCGAGCAUGCCAAGUGAUAAGUCUACUAAGAUACCACGACCGGGAAUAAGUCAAUCCUUUCGUCGUAUGAAAACUCUAUUAUUUAAAAGAUCUGAGUCUCCCGAUGUUCGUAGUAAAUCAAACCCUGGUUCCUUAGAUGGAUCGCCAAACAGGUCACCUCAAGCUCAACAUGUAGAGUUGGACAAGAAACGUGCCGUUAAUUUCCCAGAAAAUCUGCUGUCUUUACCUCAACGAUUAGAGAAUAUGAUAGCAGAACAACAAAGGAGGCUUGAUAAAGCUGUGAUUGAUACUGCUGGCCGCCACAGUCCCCCAAGGACUUCACAAUCCAUGCCACAGCUUACUACCGAAACUCAACCGGAUGUACCGAACCUACAGGGUCGUAGAGGCACGACCGCAGAACUUCAAAGUCAAUUACCGUGGGCGUAUAUACCGGCUUCUGCUCACCGCAUGAGAGAUCAGUUGCCUCCCGAUGAAGAUUUGCCCCCGGUGCCGCUGCCCGAUUACACAGCAAUCCAGCCUUUCAGAAAAGCAUCGGUUCACCGUGCCGCAUCCAGCCUAAGUUCGUUGACCCAGAAAAAAGAUUAUGCUUUAUCCCAAUCGUCUCGUCAGCACGAGGCCCCGGCGAAACCAGCUAAAUUCAAGACCGGAUCCCAUCUUCAGCUUCUGCCAAUUUUUAUAGAAACGAACGAUAAAUGACCGCGUUCAACGAUUUAAAAAUGGAAUAAACAGCUUCAUUAAAUUCUAAGUAAUCACUAAACGAAGAACGUGACGUAAAUAAAACUUAUCAAAUUUGUGCUAUAAUUUCAUUGUAGCACAGAUUCGUCUUUAGUUUAAGUUUAUUUUUGCAACUUGAAUUUACAGAAUUCGUUUAAGUUUAUAUUUUUUUGUAUUUAAUUAUAUUAUUAGUAUUUGCUUUAUAUACCUAACCUGAUUAUUUGCUGUUAAUUACGUAAACAUAUCGAGAUAACUACCGUGCAAAAAUAGGACUAGUGUCAUUUAAGAUACGUUUGAUAAUGCUGUGGUUUUGAAACAUUGUUGUCAGCCACAAUGUAGCACAUGAUAUUAUCAUAGUUUAUGUAUUAAGUCUAGUAAAUAAUGAGGCAGGUCCUUGCAGCAAGUGGCGUCUUCGAUAUAUACAGAGGGCGGAUAGGUUAUCAAUGCCCAAUCAAUAUUCGCAUCUGCUUGUUUACUGUAUUAGUUACAGAGACUACAUUGUUUAAGUUUUAAUGUUUAUUAUCAAUGCAGCAAAGAAAGUGUAAUACUUUAUGUUUAAUAUUUCUGUCUCGAUUCAACUAUAAGGAAUGUUGAAAAGAAACAUUUAUCUGCGAUUAUUUUACCAUUGUUACAUACAUUAUUGUAUCUAACAUACUGAUGUAUAUGGAUUAGAUAACACGUAUCGCUUCAAGCGAUGUUAGCAAGCAAAUCCUCAUACGGAUAUUAAUUCAUGUAUAAAACAGAUUUAUUUUAUAAGAUAUUACAGCAGACUGUUAAAAAUAUCUCUGUUAAAUAAAUUUCGAUAAUAAUGUUAAUGUUCUAAAAGCAACAUAACGUUUUUGUGCAAGUUAAAAUUGAUCGGUUUAGUUAUAAAAACCACGAAAGAAAUAAGAUUUUUUUAUUUGCAAAUUUCAAGUAACAAAGUAAAAAAAUUAAAGUUACUCGUUUCAGGAGUAAAUAUGAACAGUCGCGGCCUAAAGUAUAAGAUGCAAGGGGUCCGAUUGCGCAAUAAAAAAAUUAAAUGCUAUUAUUAAAAAAUCAUGGAGAACCAUCUUAGCGAUCAUUGCAUCUUAUCGAUCUGCAACUUUGUUUCAACUGGGAUGUGUUUAGUAUUAAGUUUCUAUAUUUAUGGUUUUGUACUUAUUAUAGACAAAUGUUAACAGACAAAUGUUAAUGUAACAAUAUUGAUAUAAUAUGCUUUGGGUACCUCAGUUUGCCCCCAUAUAAAAUUCUACAAUGCCCCAUGGGACAGUUUUCAUUUUUCUAUUAAAAUUAGAGAAAUAGGAAAGCGGUCAUGCAAGCGUUUUUGAAUUUCUAAGAUGUGAUUUACUUACAUUUGUCUGAUUAUGAAAAAAAAACUAUUGUUUGUGUUUAGAUUUAAAAUAAAUUAAGAUUUAAGAAUAGCUU